AUUUACUCCAGUACCCCGCCUUCACUUGGUUGAGCUACUUAUAAGAAACGCCGUUGACCAAGUUGUGUCAGAGAGGAUAUUCACAUUUUCACAAGUAACCAUGUCUUACGGAAAGAUCGCACCGGCUCUCGCCAGGGCCAGUACCGAUAAGUUCAUGCGAAUGAGGUUUACUCAAGACAGGCUCCGAUCGACAGUAGCAUCAACCCAACGAGACUUGAAGGCGGAUGAAUCGGUGGGAACAGUUCCUUUAGUUGAGGUCGAUGCCGACCUCAUCAGCCAGACUAAAAUUGCUGAUGACCACAAGAGAAACAUAUCCAUUGACUUUGAAAACACAGAAGAAGCCUACAAAAGCAAAAACACACUUGAACUUAUGAGAAGUUUGUUGGUGUUUAAGCUGUGCACAAUUGACUUCCUGGUUGACAAAAAUAAGGAGCUCAUGGACUUCAGCAAGAAGAUUCUGGGUCAGAAACUGUUCGAGAAGGCUAUGAAGAUGACCUUCUACGGCCAGUUUGUUGCGGGAGAAGACCACAACGCCAUCAAGCCACUGAUUGGCAAGAAUCAAGCUUUUGGCGUGGGCUCAGUGCUAGACUACAGCGUGGAGGAGGACCUCACCCAGGAGGAAGCAGAGAAGAAGGAAAUGGAUGCAUGUGUGUCAGCAGCAGAGAAAGAGAGUCCAGGCAAAGACCACAGGGAGAAAAAGUACAAGGCUCACCGUCAGUUUGGCGACCGUCGUGGGGGUGUGAUCAGCGCUCGUACAUACUUCUACGCCGAUGAAGCCAAGUGUGACCAGCACAUGGAAACCUUCCUGAAGUGCAUCAGGGCCUCAGGUGGUGCCGCGGUGGAUGGGUUCUCUGCCAUCAAGAUGACUGCCCUUGGCCGUCCACAGUUCCUGCUCCAGUUCUCUGAGGUGCUGGUAAAAUGGCGUCAGUUCUUCAACUUCCUCGCAGCCCAACAAGGCAAAGCAGGCAUGGACGCUCUGGAGCAGAAACUUGAGCUGGAGCAACUGCAGGACAGUCUGACUCAGCUGGGCGUUGGAAGCAAGUCUGACAUUGAAUCUUGGCUUACUGGAGAAAAGCUCGGAUCAUCUGGGACUAUUGACCUUCUUGACUGGAACAGUCUAAUCAACGACAGGACCAAGAUCUCAAAUCUGCUCGUUGUUCCAAAUGUUGAGUCUGGUCAUCUGGAGCCUCUCCUGGACAAGUUCACUGAGGAAGAGGAGAAGCAGAUGAAGAGGAUGCUGCAGAGGAUGGAUGUUCUGGCCAAGCAUGCACUGGAGCAUGGCGUGCGGCUCAUGGUGGACGCGGAGCAGACCUACUUCCAGCCCGCCAUCAGCCGCCUCACAUUGGAGAUGCAGAGGAAGUUCAACCGUGAGAUGCCGGUCAUCUUCAACACCUACCAGUGCUACCUGAAGGAGGCCUAUGACAAUGUGACUGUGGACGUGGAGCUGUCUCGCCGUGAGGGCUGGUACUUUGGUGCCAAGCUGGUGCGCGGAGCAUACAUGUACCAGGAGAGAUCCAGAGCUGCAGAAAUCGGCUACGAGGACCCCAUCAACCCAGACUACGAAGCCACCAACAGGAUGUACCACAAGUGUCUGGAGUACGUUCUGGAGGAGAUCGAACACAACCGGAACGCCAACGUCAUGGUUGCGUCACACAACGAGGACACCGUGAAGUUUACUCUGGAAAAGAUGAACGAGAUGGGCCUGACGCCUGAGGAGCACAAGGUGUACUUUGGCCAACUGCUGGGCAUGUGUGACCAGAUCAGCUUCCCCCUGGGUCAGGCCGGAUUCCCAGUGUACAAGUAUGUGCCCUACGGGCCGGUGAACGAGGUCAUUCCGUACCUGUCUCGCCGCGCCCAGGAGAACCGCGGCUUCAUGAAGGGCUCCCAGCGUGAGCGCAGCCUGCUCUGGGCCGAGCUCAAGCGCCGCGUGCUCAACAGACAGGUCUUCUACCAGCCCACCUACUGAAGGCCAGAGGCGCUGAUCGCUCCCCAGCCUGAUAUAAAAUCCUUGCCACAAUGUUUGAUCCAGCCACCGCUAGCCAAACCAGCUGAUUGUAGUGUCACAAAAGUCACAUGCUCAACGGCAAGGGGUUCUACCAGCCCACCUACUGAAGGGCAGAGUCAACGGUCCAAGAAAACCUCGCCACAUGUCUGAUCCAACAACUAUUAGAUGAAGCUGAUUGUAGCGUGAAUAACCAACAGCCAGGGGUUCCAGCAGCCCACUUCCAGAAGGUCAGAGACACCUAUACUCAUGAACGGCGUGACGUUUUCCAUGUGCGUUACGCCCAUUUAUGGGGGAAAACAACCCAUACAAGUCAAUUGGUAAUGUUGGGGUUCAAUAAACGAAAGAUACGGACCUGUAGACAAGCGUUGUUCACGUGCAACAUGCCGAAAACGUGUUGUGUUGCCGGCUGUUCAAAUAAUAUAGCCAAACAGCCGUGGCUGAAGCAUGGAAUCUGUUCAUUUAGGUUAGCCGAUGUAGCAUGUAAGUCAAUGAGACAUUCGGUUUGUUUUCACCCAUAAAGGGGCGUAACGCAAAUUUAAGAGCAAAGUACCCGGAUGGCCGUUCAUGAGUAUUGGCUCCCUGGCCCAGGAACCAGCAGACAGCAAAUCCUGUACUGGCAUGAUAAACCUUGAAAUGGGCAGGGUAAUAAGGUUUUCCCGUUAACAAGAUGUCACUAACAAGCUCACCUGUCUGGCUAACGAGUGUGCCUACUGUAAUUACAAUCAGCCGGUUUUGUCAGUUAGCUGGAACACGGCAGGUCAUUUCUGGAUCUGGGAUGUGAUGUUUGCAUUGGACCUAUGGGGGCGUCUUGGGUUAAAGGCCCUCGGAGCACAAGGAGGAGGAAGAAUGGACAGAUGUACAGUGUAGAAGGAGGAGAGAAAAAAGAAAUGUGACGCUGAAACGCACAAGAAAAGAGGAGGGGUGUAAAAUGAAUAGCAGAGAACAGUGAAACGGAUAGACAGGGUUAGGUUAUGAUGAUAAAUAAAUAAUAUAUUGGCAAGGACUCAAAUGGAACCUACUGUUUAUCUACACAGCAUACAAUAGUGAUGGAAAUGGUUUAGUAAAUCAAGUGACCUUAUUAGUGUAGUGCACUACUUCACUCUUCACAUUUCUCAAGUGCUGCUAAUCCUUCUACCAUACAUGCGGUUCAGUAUGGAGUAUGGGCCCAAGAAAAUCCUCCAAAAAAACAUUCCUUAAUUCUUAACCACGGAUAACAUAAGCCUUCUGCUACUGUAGCACACCUACUUGUACUGUACAUAGAACAUUGUGACUCUUGCGUUGUGUUUGUGCAUGGUCCUGGAUCACAGCUAAAAUAUUAUUUUUGGAUAAUGUUUCUGUAUUGUUGUUGUUAUUAUUAUUUAAGUACUUUUAACUAUUGGUUCUGUGACUGUUGGGCAGGUCAGUGAAUCUUUUACCAUGAAUUGUGGUUUGGUACGCUUUUUAUGAAUGUGCAUGGAGUUGCAAGGAAUUGUGGAGCAAAUGGCAAAAAAGUCCAAAACUGUAGAUAGUCUGUUAGUGGUUAUCUCUGUUUAAGCACUUUUGUAGUGUGAAAGGCCUUUGUCAUUUUUUUUUUUUUAAUCAUGAGAUUUGCUAUACGCUGCUUUUGCCUCUUGUAAAUAUUGCCUCUAAAAUAAUAAUAUUAUCUCCUUGCAUGUGUUGUUUUCUAUAUGUUGUUGUCAGUGGUGUAGUCUGCUUUUUUGAAGUGGGUAUACUGUAUAUUCGAGAUUUUUUUGAAGCGGGUAUACUGUAUAUAUUUAUGCUAUUCUAAACAAUGGAUCAAUCAAUUUUAAGUGGGUAUACUGAAAUCCCUAAAAUUUAGAAGUGGGUAUACUCCGUAUACCUGCAUUCUACAUAGACUACACCACUGGUUGUUUUAAGCAAAUGUCCUUUGAUAUAAAGGUUUUAUUAUCAAAUGAUUUGCACACUUUUACUCUUUGUAGUCAUAAAGUGGGGGGAAGAAAAUGAAAAUGUUAAAUACUGUGGCAGCAACUAUCCAUAGUUUUACUGUAAAUGCUCAUAGUAUUUUGUCAAUCUUGCUGAGCUGAAAUAAAAAAAAAAAUAUUGAA